AUGGAGCUGGACGAGUCCCUGUCGCCGCUGCGGCCCGUGAACGAGAACCGCCGAGCGGGCCACGGGAAGGAGGCGGCGGCCAAGAAGCGGCUGUCGGUGGAGCGGAUCUACCAGAAGAAGACGCAGCUGGAGCACAUCCUGCUCCGGCCCGACACCUACAUCGGCUCCGUGGAGUUCGUCACGCAGCAAAUGUGGGUUUAUGAUGAAGAUGAGGGCCUCAGCUGCAGAGAUGUGACUUUUGUCCCUGGGUUGUAUAAAAUCUUUGAUGAAAUCCUAGUCAAUGCUGCAGACAACAAGCAGAGGGAUAAAAACAUGUCCUGCAUUAAAAUUACAAUUGAUCCGGAGAAUAAUACAAUCAGUGUAUGGAACAAUGGGAAAGGUAUUCCUGUUGUAGAACAUAAAGUGGAGAAGGUCUAUGUACCUGCUCUUAUCUUUGGGCAGCUAUUAACCUCCAGCAAUUAUGAUGAUGAUGAAAAGAAAGUCACAGGUGGUCGAAAUGGCUAUGGGGCCAAAUUAUGCAACAUAUUCAGUACCAAAUUUACAGUGGAAACUGCAUGUCGUGAGUACAAGAAACUAUUUAAGCAGACCUGGACGGACAAUAUGGGAAAGGCUGGUGAAAUGAAACUGAAAUACUUUGAUGGAGAAGAUUAUACAUGUAUCACUUUCCAACCUGAUCUGUCUAAGUUUAAAAUGACAAGUCUGGACAAGGACAUUGUGGCACUGAUGUCGCGAAGAGCAUAUGAUAUUGCUGGGUGCACAAAAGAUGUCAAAGUCUUCCUAAAUGGAAAGAGGCUGCCCGUGAAAGGAUUCCGUAGUUAUGUGGACCUCUACGUGAAGGACAAGGUAGAUGAAACUGGUAAUGCACUUAAAGUUAUCCAUGAGGAGGCAAAUAAUCGCUGGGAGGUGUGUUUAACUUUAAGUGAAAAAGGCUUCCAGCAAGUUAGCUUUGUCAACAGAAUCGCCACCACAAAGGGUGGCAGGCAUGUUGACUAUGUAGCUGACCAGAUUGUAAAUAAACUCAUUGAAGUUGUGAAGAAGAAGAACAAAGGUGGAGUUGGAGUGAAGCCAUUUCAGGUGAAGAACCACAUGUGGGUUUUUGUGAACUCCUUGAUUGAGAACCCAACCUUUGACUCUCAGACUAAGGAAAAUAUGACUCUGCAGGCAAAGAACUUUGGCUCAACUUGCAAACUGAGUGAAAAAUUUAUCAAAGGUGCAGUCAGCUGUGGUAUUGUGGAAAGUAUCCUAAACUGGGUAAAGUUUAAAGCUCAGAACCAGCUGAAUAAGAAGUGCUCAGCUGUGAAACACACCAGGAUUAAGGGAAUUCCUAAACUGGAUGAUGCCAAUGAUGCUGGUAGUAAGAAUUCCACAGACUGUACACUUAUCCUGACAGAAGGGGACUCAGCCAAAACACUGGCUGUUUCUGGUCUGGGAGUGGUUGGGAGAGACAGAUAUGGAGUGUUCCCCCUUCGUGGAAAAAUGCUCAACGUACGAGAAGCCUCUCAUAAACAGAUAAUGGAAAAUGCUGAAAUCAACAAUAUCAUCAAGAUUGUGGGUUUGCAGUAUAAGAAGAACUAUGACGAUCAAGAAUCGCUGAAGACCCUUCGCUAUGGAAAAAUUAUGAUUAUGACAGAUCAGGAUCAAGAUGGUUCCCAUAUCAAAGGCUUGUUGAUUAACUUCAUCCAUCACAACUGGCCAUCUCUUCUAAGGCACCGUUUUCUGGAGGAAUUUAUUACUCCCAUCAUAAAGGUUUCAAAAAACAAGGAGGAGUUUUCAUUCUACAGCAUCCCUGAGUUUGAAGAUUGGAAAAACAAUACUCCAAAUCACAAAUCCUGGAAAACCAAAUACUACAAAGGUUUGGGUACCAGCACAUCAAAAGAGGCUAAAGAGUACUUUGCAGAUAUGGCAAGACAUCGAAUUGGCUUCAAGUAUUCUGGCCCGGAAGAUGAUGCUGCGAUCACCCUGGCCUUUAGCAAGAAGAAGAUCGAGGAACGGAAGGAAUGGCUGACUAAUUUCAUGGAAGGCAGAAGACAACGGAAGCUACAUGGUCUGCCAGAGGAUUUUGUAUAUGGGAAAUCCACUAGUUAUCUGACAUACAAUGACUUCAUUCACAAAGAGCUGGUCCUGUUCUCAAACUCCGAUAAUGAGAGAUCCAUUCCGUCCCUGGUUGAUGGUUUGAAACCAGGUCAAAGGAAGGUUCUGUUCACGUGUUUCAAAAGAAAUGACAAGCGGGAAGUGAAGGUUGCUCAGUUGGCUGGUUCUGUAGCCGAGAUGUCCUCCUACCAUCAUGGUGAGGCAUCACUGAUGAUGACCAUUAUUAAUUUGGCUCAGAACUUUGUGGGAAGCAAUAACCUCAACCUGCUACAGCCCAUUGGUCAGUUCGGUACCAGGCUGCAUGGUGGAAAAGACUCUGCCAGCCCUCGAUACAUCUUCACAAUGCUCAGUUCAUUGGCGCGGUUGAUCUUCCCUGCAACGGAUGACAGUGUUCUGAGGUUCCUGUAUGAUGACAACCAGCGCGUAGAGCCAGAGUGGUACAUGCCUAUCAUUCCUCUGGUACUAAUAAACGGAGCAGAAGGUAUUGGCACUGGCUGGUCCUCUAGGAUCCCCAACUUUGAUAUCCGAGAAGUUGUGAAUAAUAUUCGCCUCCUGAUGGAUGGAGAAGAGCCCUUGCCAAUGCUUCCUAGUUACAAGAACUUCAAGGGUACAAUAGAUGAACUGGGACCAAAUCAAUACCUGAUAAAUGGGGAAGUGUCUAUCCUGGAUUCGACAACCAUUGAGAUCUCAGAGCUUCCAAUCAGAACAUGGACACAGACCUAUAAAGAGCAGGUGCUGGAGCCCAUGUUGAAUGGCACUGAGAAGACUCCACCACUAAUAACGGACUAUAGAGAAUAUCACACAGACACCACGGUCAAGUUCAUAGUGAAGAUGAGUGAACAAAAACUGGCUGAGGCAGAGGCAGCUGGGCUGCAUAAGGUCUUCAAACUCCAAACAAAUCUCACCUGCAACUCCAUGGUUCUCUUUGACUCUGUAGGCUUUCUCAAGAAGUAUGAGACUCCUCUGGAUAUUCUCAGAGAAUUCUUUGACCUCCGACUCCAGUAUUAUAGUUUGAGAAAAGAGUGGCUUACAGGAAUGCUGGGUGCAGAGUCUGCAAAACUCAACAACCAGGCUCGCUUCAUCCUGGAGAAAAUUGAGGGCAUAAUAGUGAUCGAAAACAAGCCCAAGAAGGAGUUAAUUCAGGUCCUUAUCCAGAGAGGGUAUGAAUCUGAUCCUGUGAAGGCCUGGAAAGAAUCUCAGCAGAAGGGUGCAGAAGAGGAAGAGAGUGACAAUGAGCAGGAUAAGGACUCUGCUGCAGUCUCCGGCCCAGACUUCAACUACCUGCUAAACAUGCCUCUCUGGUACCUGACUAAAGAGAAGAAAGAUGAGCUCUGCAAGCAGAGAGAUAACAAAGAAACGGAGCUGGAAAAUCUGAAACGUAAGAGUCCCUCAGAUCUGUGGAAGGAAGACCUGGCUGCCUUUAUUGAAGAACUUGAGGCUGUGGAAGCCAGAGAAAAACAGGAUGAGCUGGGUGGGAGAGCUGGCAAAGCUCUCAAAGGGAAAGGGGGGAAACUAAAGGUGAAGAAGCUGCAACUGGCUGAAGUUUUGCCCUCGCCACAUGGCAGAAGAGUUAUCCCUCGAGUUACUGCAGAGAUGAAGGCAGAUGCAGAAAAGAAGACUAAAAAGAAAAUAAAGACUGAAAAAAUGGAACUUGAGGAGGAUCAAGAAGGAAACUCAUCAGAAGAUAAGAAACCUGCAAAUCUUAAACAAAGAUUAGUAAAGAAAUUUAAAACUGAGCCAGGUACUAAGAAACAGUCCACUUUGCCAUUCAAGCCAAUAAAGAAAGAGAAGAAACGAAAUCCCUGGUCUGACUCCGAAUCUGAUUCAGAGUGUGAUAGUGAGGUGGCCCCUCCGAGAGAGAGACCGAUUCGCCAGACAGCAGCAAAAAACAAUUACACAUUGGAUUCGGAUUCGGAUCUCACUGACGCAGAUGGGAAUCCUCAGUCUCAGGAGGUCAGCGAAGAGGAUCUUGUCUCAGAAACAUACUCACCAGGGAAGUCUGCUCCCGAGGCCAGAGGGCCCCCCAAGAAAACCAGUGAAAAGGCAGCUAAAGAAGAAUCAAAACCACAACAGGUGCAAAGUGCUAUCUCUAUUCAAAUCCAGGAUACUGAUUCUGAAAAUCUGAGUCAAACUUCUUCAGCUCCUUCUGUCUCUGCCCCUCUUGGUAAGCCGGGAAAAGCUGCACCCAGAAAACCUGCUGCGGGCAAGAAAACCACCAGUGCCGCUAAGGAUACGCAGCCUUCCAUCAUGGACGUUCUAGCCAAGAAAAAGGCAGCACCCAAAUCCUCCAAGACAGCAACAGCCAAGGCAGGAAGUUCAGACUCCAGCAUUGACAUAGCACCUUGUAAGAAGCCGGCCCCCGCCAAGGGGAAGAAAACCACCACCAAAAGGAAGCCAGCCUCAGACUCGGAUUCAGAUUCUGAUUUUGGGUCAAAGCCUCCGAAGUCGUUUACAGUUAAGAAAUCCAAGGUGGAAGACGAGAGUUUUCAUAUUGACCUAGAAUCUCACUUGGACAGCCCAGUGGCGCCUGCUCCCUGCACCAGGCCUGGACGUGCCCGAAAGCCCAUUCACUACCUGGAAGAGUCCGAGGAGGAGGAGAUGUUUUGA